CCGAAACUCUCUCACACAACACACACACAGAGAAUGCCACCCUCUUACUGUGUGACGGAGAGGAAACCCUGUGUGGGAUGGGUUGAGAAAUAUUUCCAAGACUGUCUUUGCGAUCUGAGAGAUAACAUCUCGUUCAGUUUGGGGCUCAUCAGUCUUAUAUUUUGGGGUGUAGCAGAAAUUCCUCAGAUAAUCACUAUUUUUCACACCAAGUCCAGCCAUGGAGUGUCCCUUGCUUUUCUCCUUGCUUGGGUCGCCGGUGACAUAUUCAACCUUCUGGGUUGCAUUCUGGAACCAGCUACGUUGCCUACCCAGUAUUACACAGCUCUGCUUUACACAAUCACUACGAUCGUAUUAAUGCUGCAAGUCAUGUAUUAUGACUACAUCUCCAGAUGGUACAAACAUCGUCAGAAGAUCAUCAACAAAGGGGCUCUCGAAGAAGAGAAAAAACCAUUGAAACCGAAACCAAGUGACGAGUCUGGAAUUCCAAUACCACAUGGUACACUCAAAGCAGCACCUCGACCGGAGUACUACUAUAUGUCAGCAAGAUCAUUGGCUGGGAGUGGCACGCCACCCUGGCGUACCUACAUGAGAGCUGCAAAAAGUGGGCCUUCAGCCUUGGAAUUGAACGAUGACUCUUCUUCUGAGGAUGAAGCAUCUUCAGCUUCCUUUAAAAAUUCUGCAACCCAGCCUAGGCCCAUUCCACGAUCUGUGGCUGGAAGUUAUGGAACAUUAAUCGCAGCAUCCCUUAACUUGCCCCGGAAGAGUAAUGCUUUGAGAGAAGGAUACAUAGGAUUUAAUGGAAGAAAGCUCUUGCAGGGGCACGAGACACACAGUACAAUUGGUCAAUGGUUGGGAUGGCUCAUGGCUGCUAUCUAUAUAGGUGGUAGACUUCCCCAAAUAUGGUUGAACAUUAAAAGAGGUACUGUGGAGGGCUUAAAUCCUUUCAUGUUCCUAUUCGCACUGAUCGCUAAUGUCACUUACGUGGGAAGUAUUCUUGUACGAACCACGGAAUGGGAAAGCAUCAAAGCUAAUAUGCCAUGGUUGUUGGAUGCCGUAGUUUGCGUGGCACUAGACCUUUUUAUAUUAUUGCAAUACAUCUACUAUAGAUACUUUCGAAGGAGAGAAGCAAGUGAUGAUAGAGACUACCAAGAAGCGAGAAAAGCAAUUGCAUCUUGAUUUGUGUAGCUGUGCCUUAACCGAUUGAUGUUAAAUUGAAAAAUUAAUGGGCAGCUUCCUAAAAGUAAGCCAUUAUUGGGCUUAUGUGAACACCCUUGAAGGAGAUGGUUGAGAAGGGUGUAACCAAAUAUUAUAUAUGGAUUAUAUGAAACUAAAACACUGAUGUUUAAUUGUAGAAUUUAUGAUAGUGACUACUCUGUUGUGUUGAUCUAAUCACCUUCAAACCACAGAUUAGAGCUUUCUUCGAAGUUUAUACACCUUCAUUACAAUUGUUGAUGUGGCAAGCAGUGAACUAAACUAUGUAUGUGAAAGUAUAUACCCACACUAAUUAGUAUUAUAGAUAUUCAAACCCAGAAUAGAUGGA